CUGGGUUCGAUGAGAGCUUCACCAACUCUUGGUAUCAUCUGGAACGAUCAAAUGGACGAUUUCUCUACGCCUGGUGUGCCGAAUACAUUCGGUUUUGCUCCGUCCGAAACGAAUUUUAUCAAACCGGGUAAACGGCCGAUGAGCAGCAUGAGCCCUAUGGUCAUCUACAAUAAAACCAACAACGAAGUUGUAAUGGCUGUUGGGGCUUCUGGUGGAUCAUUCAUCAUAUCAGCCACGGCCCAAGCAGUCAUUCGUACAAUUCUUUUCAAUCAAACUGUAAAGGAAGCUGUCGAUGCUCCCAGGCUGCAUAACCAAUACUUGCCACAUGUUACACAGUACGAAAGGCAAAUGCCGAAGGUUCUGAAGUUUCUGGAUGACCCUGAACGUCAAGGUUAUCAGGAUACUGGACAACAGGGAAACUGGGUAUGGGUUACUUCUAUCGGAUAA